AUGACUGAGGGUUCCGAACGCACACUCACGACCACCACCAUCUCCUCCCCAAACACUACCCCAAAUUCCCUUCCUAGUGCACACCAUUUUGUGUCACUGAAACUCACCCAUCGGAACUAUCUGUACUGGAGAACGCAAAUUAUACAGUUUCUACAUGGACAGAGGCUGCUCGGCUUCAUCGAUGGCUCGCGGCCAUGCCCAGCUCCGGUCAUCGCCGCCGCCACACCGAAUCCGGCGUACAAAGCAUGGAUUGAGCAGGAUGCUUCCAUCCUAUCCUUGCUCAUCCCGUCGAUCUCGGAGGAAGUGACGUACCUCACGCUUGGACAGAUGACUUCCUGUGCAGUGUGGCUCGCGGCAGAGACGGCGCUCGGUUCUUCUUCGCAGGUUCGCUGCCUCAAUCUCAUGGGGCAGUUCUAA